UCGAGAACGCGUGAUUCGAAACUAGGAAUCGCCGAAGAGUCCCCCUGGCCCUCCCCAACCUCCUAUUUAAACGGACCACCCCAGUUUAGCCAGUGCUACCCUCCGCUCUCUCUUUUCUUUUCGCUAAGAACCCUCCCCUCUCUCUAUUCCCUUAUUUUAGAUAACUAAAGAACCACCCUAUUCUUUGUCCGGCCCCGAACGAUUCAUGCCAUCUCCCACCAACCAACCUCCUCUCCUCUUCACCCCCCCACGCAUUCUCUCUUCUCUUAGUCUCCUCCUCCUCUUCCUCGUCCUCCUCCUGCCCCUCCUCUCACAGUGGUUCAUCCUCUCUCUUCUUCUCUCUCUUUAUCUCCUCUCUCUCUGUGCCUGGCUCUGACGUAAUCCUGAAGGCAAGGGAGGCAAAGGAGGAGAUCUAUAACUUUUCUCGUAACUUGUUCAUUGUCCUGCCAAUUCUAGUAUAGAAGGUUCAGAGACAAUCUGUUGCGUUCCACCAUGGGGAUAUCAUUUUCAUGCCCUGGAGCCGAUUAUGCUGCUUUGGAUGAGUCAUUUGAAGCUCUCUUCAUGAGAUCUCUCAGUUUUGCUGACAGUGUGAGAUCCACCUUGCGAUCAGUCAGCUUCAAUGGCCGAGACUCUCAUCCUGCCAUUGUCGAAUCUUUUGGAUCUGGGAAGUUAAUUUUUGAAGGAUCUCUGAGCUUUAAUAGAAAAGAAAGGGAUCCCUUUCACCUGGAAACAAAGUUCUCAAUAAAAAGUCCAACUUCUAAGAAAGAAAAUGCCACGAGAUCAAUCGGUUCUGAAAAGUCGAGGUUCAGUCAUUUACAAGAACAGGCUCCGGAAUCACCAGUGAUUGCAGAAGGUCCAAAACAUGAGGCUGCAGUGAAGUUGCAGAAGGUCUACAAAAGCUUUCGGACGAGAAGACAGCUUGCUGAUUGCGCUGUCCUCAUAGAGCAGCGUUGGUGGAAAUUGUUAGAUUUUGCAUUGCUUAAGCGGAGUUCUGUCUCUUUCUUUGAUAUUGAGAAACCGGAAUCAGCCGUAUCUCGGUGGUCAAGGGCCAGAACCAGGGCAGCUAAGGUUGGUAAAGGUUUAUCAAAGAAUGAGAAAGCUCAGAAACUCGCAUUGCAGCAUUGGCUCGAGGCGAUUGACCCUCGGCAUCGCUAUGGUCACAAUCUCCACUUGUACUAUGAUUGUUGGCUUCACUAUGAGAGCAGGCAACCUUUCUUCUACUGGCUGGAUGUGGGAGAUGGGAAGGAGGUCAGUCUUGGAGAACAUUGCCCUCGGUCAAAGCUUCAACAGCAGUGCAUCAAAUAUCUUGGCCCGAAAGAAAGGGAGGCCUAUGAAGUAAUAGUUGAAGAUGGGAAGUUCAUGUACAAGAAAAGCAGGCAAAUCCUAGACACAUCUGAGGGCCCCAAAGAUGCCAAGUGGAUCUUUGUUCUAAGCACAUCAAAGAGUUUAUAUGUUGGUCAGAAGCAAAAAGGUACAUUUCAGCACUCAAGUUUUCUUGCUGGAGGAGCUACAUCUGCUGCUGGGAGAUUAGUUGUAGAAAAUGGAAUUCUGAAGGCUGUGUGGCCUCAUAGUGGGCACUACCGCCCGACAGAGGAGAACUUUCAGGAUUUCAUGAACUAUCUCAUGGAAAACAAUGUGGAUCUUAAUGAUGUUCAGUUGAGUCCAACUGAAGGAGAUGACGAGUUCCUGAUUAGACUUAGAAGCAACCGCUCACUAAAGUUGGCUGAGAAACAUAUUUGUGCCAACCCCGAAGCUUCAACACAACCAUCUUAUGGCUCUGAAAGAACAACAGGCAAGGCUUUGGCAACAGAGAGUCUCGAUUCAUCUAAGAGAUCCAGAGGAUUGGGUGUUAUAAGUUCCCUUGCUGAAUUCAGAUUUGGGGCAGACAAAAAAUCACUCAUUUUGGAUCUGUGCCACAAACUCCAGAAGCAGAUAAUGUUCAGGGACCCAGGUGAGAGCGAAGAAGAAUCUGACGAGGAAGUAAACUGCACCACAGGACAGAACGGGAUCAAUAUAUAUGGAGAUGAUGAAGCAGUUGAAGAUUCAUCUGCUUCCGAACAACAGUACGUGUUCCGCAAACAAAAUCUAUUUGCAGAGGAGCAAGAAGAAGAUGAAGAUGCUUCUAUUCCACAAGAAUUGAUUCUUCGGAGGAUUAACUCUAAGAAAGGAAUGAAGUCAUAUCAGUUGGGAAAGCAGUUAUCUUGCAAGUGGACCACAGGUGCUGGGCCUCGGAUUGGGUGUGUGAGGGACUAUCCAUCAGAGCUUCAGCUCCGUGCUUUAGAACAAGUGAACUUAUCUCCAAGAAGUGCUGGGCCUGCAAGAUUUGCUUCGCCCAGGAAUGCAACAGGCCGCUGUCCUAAAUUGCCAGAAGCAUCAUCACCGACAACUACAGAAAUCUAGCAGUGAUAGAUAAAGGAGAGGAAAUUCUUUCAAUGAUUGAGUUCAUACGUAUAGAGAUGAGAAUAUUCAAUUCAUUCGUUUUGCAGAUUUGUAGAGGAAUACGUUAUUCAAACUGUAAUGAAUUUUUGGUGGAUCAAUAGAAAUCAACGCCAUUAACUAA